ACGUAGCCACACACCUCUGUCUGUCGGCUUGGAAGGACACCGGCCGGGUUGGCUCACUUGGUAACCAAGGACGGUGCGACCGGGACCUGCAUUCACCCAGCGCCAGCGAGCGACUCUGGUGCCGUACGUUCAAUUUACGAGAAGCGAUUCCUUAAUCGCUCAUGUCGAACCGGCGCCCCCACGUCAAGAAAGCUGACGUGAGGAUGAAUGAGAAGAAAUGCUCGUGGGCGUCCUAUAUGACAAAUUCCCCUACCGUAAUUGUGAUGAUCGGUCUGCCUGCCCGAGGGAAGACGUACGUUUCCAAGAAACUCACACGCUACCUCAACUGGAUUGGCGUCCCCACCAAAGUGUUUAAUCUGGGCGUGUACCGCCGAGAGGCUGUCCGAGCCUACAAGUCCUAUGACUUCUUUCGCCAUGACAACGAGGAGGCCAUGAAGAUCAGGAAGCAGUGUGCGCUUGUGGCCCUGCAAGAUGUGAAAGUGUAUCUGACAGACGAGGGUGGUCAAAUCGCUGUUUUUGACGCAACCAACACAACAAGAGAGCGUCGUGACCUCAUUCAAGCGUUUGUGAAGGAAAAUGCAUUCAAGGUGUUCUUUGUGGAGUCCGUGUGUGACGACCCGGAGGUCAUUGCUGCGAAUAUCAUGGAAGUGAAGGUGUCCAGCCCGGACUAUCCCGAGAGGCACCGGGAGCGCGUCAUGGAUGACUUCCUGAAACGGAUCGAGUGCUACAAGGUUACUUACCAACCGUUGGAUCCUGAUGAUUAUGACAAGGACCUGUCUUUCAUUAAAGUGAUGAAUGUGGGCCGCCGCUUUUUGGUGAACCGGGUACAGGACUACAUCCAGAGUAAAAUCGUCUACUAUCUCAUGAACAUCCACGUGCACUCCCACUCCAUCUACCUGUGUCGCCAUGGCGAGAGUGACCAUAACGUCGAGGGGCGCAUCGGAGGAGAUUCAGAACUCUCUCCCCGUGGGAAACUGUUUGCCCGGGCUCUGCGGAGGUUCAUUGAGGAGCAUGAGCUGUCUGACUUGAAGGUGUGGACGAGCCAGCUGAGACGCACCAUACAGACGGCGGAGGAACUGGCCGUCCCCUACGAACAGUGGAAGAUACUCAACGAAAUCGAUGCGGGUGUGUGCGAGGAGAUGACCUACGAAAUGAUCCAAAGGGCGUUCCCAGAGGAGUUUGCAUUGAGGGACCAAGACAAAUAUCACUACCGCUACCCAGGCGGAGAGUCGUACCAGGACCUGGUCCAGCGUCUCGAGCCGGUCAUCAUGGAGCUGGAGAGACAAGGCAACGUGCUGGUGGUCUGCCACCAGGCAGUCAUGCGCUGUCUGCUGGCCUACUUCCUGGACAAAAGUGCAGAGGAUCUGCCCUACAUGAAAUGUCCGCUCCACACAGUCCUCAAACUUACGCCAGUGGCAUAUGGCUGUAAAGUGGAAAUGUUUUAUCUGAAUGUGGAGGCAGUGAACACGCAUCGCGACAGACCACUUGGUCAAAUCCCCAAGGACUCCACCCUCUUACUCCGGCGAAAUAGUUAUACACCCUUAUCAAGUCACGACCAGGUCAAGCGUCCCCGGCUGUACAGUGCCGGCAACCAGCCCUGGCUGCCCCUCGCCCCCACGCCGUCGGCUUUGAUGCCCGAGGGACGGUCAAGCCAAGUCAGUGUCGCCUCACCCGCCGGCCGUGUUGUUAACCAGUCACCUCCCAUCCCAGUCGUCACAUCUACAACUAUCCCCCACCCCUCCCAUGUUUCACUGUGUGCUUUCUAAGAAAAGAAAUAACCAAACGCGGAUUGAUAAGUGUACCCAAACAUCAGACAAAUCAUAGCAAUAAUCAAAUACUGUAGUGCACUUGCAAAAGGGAUAGAUGAAGAAAACGGUUAAAUGAGCAAAAUCCACACAGUUAACAAAGCACUCCCUUUGCUUUGUGUUUUAAUUCUGAAAGAGGGAAGGAAGGGCACCACUUCAGGUAAUGGGAAGUAUCUUUUUUCAUAAUUGAUAUGCGUAAAUACGACUAAUAAACAUAAGGGAAAACGCUGUAAUUACCAGAGCUCAGACUUGCACUCAAAAUCUCCACUCACCGUUCCUGCUAACGUCAGCGAAUGAUCGUCGAAUCAAUUUGCUUCUUGCUCUUUUCUGAAUUAACACAUCAUAGUCCAGCACUCGAAAAAUCAAAUGAAGUUCACUUACCGGUAUUUGGUGCUUUAUCUACAUCAUACGUUUGCAGAGCCAUAUUGACUUAUUUUAUUCAAACAUAUAGGAGUAUAGAAGACACUGGCGCAUUGAUCUCCAGGAUCCCGUGCUCUCCCUAGCUAACAGCAGAGCCCAGGAUAUUGUUUUCUCUCAUGUUAAAUCCAUCCCCAUAGUGUUGUACUAUCCUCAUCCUAGCGAGCACUAAGAUAGUUUGUCCUUCGGGUCCGGCGUCCAAUUUCAGAAACUCCCUUUCGUUUGUUUCUAGGACAUCGUAGGAGGCCAACAGCGAGGCGCACUGCUUAGCUGGACUUUACUGACUGACUGCUUAAUAGUUGAAUUUAAUGCUCUGAAUGGGUCCGUCAUGUGCGCGCCAAACUGAUCGCAUCCCAUCUUGGAAAGGGCUAUAACAGUUUGGGGGGGCAGUGAGGCAGCUGGUGGGCUGGAUGUGGCCCGGGGCCGCCAAUUCAGAUUGAGUAACCCCUGGGGUUAGAUAAUGAGACCAUAUCAUUUUUUGGGUGGAAGGGAAACACUGUCCUCCUGACGUGCAAAAAGAGAACACAAAUUGCUCACAUAAGUACCGGUAAAGAAAAUAAAGCUUGUGAUUUGCCAUAUUUUUGUUUGUCUGCAUGUAUGUUCAUGAACCAACAGGAUUCUAAACUCAACUGAAAAUGUUUGCAUUCACGAAAAGCAUGUUCAUAUCAGUACGUCUGUCUCGUUGUUGUCUCUACAUUUCUAUUCUUUGUCUCUGGUUCUCUCUUUUAACCUUACAGCCUCGCAUAGGAAGCGGCUGUUUGUGAGUAUUUUGGAUGACAUCCAGCCAAGCUUUCUUUUUCCUCUUCAUCCCUUUAUUAGACACAUCUCAUUACAAGUGUGCCUCUGUCACCUUUGCACUCACAGAAAUUGUGGCACUUUGGACUUUCACUUACAAAUGUUUUGCUUUGCAGGGCUCUCUGUGUGAAGGAAUCGAUUUUGACAACCCUGAAGAAACGAGCGGCUGUGUCCGCUUCUGAAUGAAGUU